GUUGGCGGGUUGAGUGCACCAUAUGAAAAGGCUUCUCAUGUACAUGAAAGGUCAGUUGUGAAUUGGCUUUGGGCAGCUGGUUGUCAUCCAUUUGGACCAUUCUCUAAUACUUCUCAAGUCAGUCAAAUGCUUCAAGAUGUUGCAUUGAGGAACACAAUAUAUGCACGUGUAGAUUCUGCUCUCCUCAGAAUUCGUGAGACGUCAGAGGCUGUACAAACUUUUGCAGCACAGUAUCUAAAAACUCCGCUUGGUGAACCAGUGAAGGGAAAGAGGAACAAAACAACCACUGAACUAUGGGUGGAGAAGUUUUACAAAAAAACAACUAACUUGCCUGAACCGUUCCCACACGAAUUAGUUGAUAGAUUGGAGAACUACUUGGAUAACCUUGAGGAACAGCUUGUAGAUUUGUCUUCAUCGUUAUAUGGUCAUCGCUUACAAGAUGCACAUUUGAACAGUUCAGAGAUUCUCCAGAGUUCCAUAUUUACCCAGCAGUACGUAGACCAUGUUCUGGCCAAUGAGAAGGAAAAGAUGAAAUGCUGCGACAUUGAGUACAAAUAUCCUGUGCAGGCAUCUCAAACUUAUAUCUAUGGGGGGAUUCUUAUUGCCGGAUUUGUUGUAUAUUUUGUUGUCAUUUUCUUUUCAUCUCCCGUGCGCUGACUCUAGUUUAGAUAUUUUAUGGCAAAACGGAUACCCAUCAACCCUGAUUCCCGAGGCACAGAUUACACUGAAGAAAUGUAGGAGCAA